UUUUUUUUUCUGUGUCAAAUAGUGAAAAAGAAAGGAAAAUUAGUGUUAAUAAGCUGUAAAACAUAAUCGGCGAACGCAACAAUAAAAUUGGUCAAAAAUAGACAAAGUUCAGCAUAGCCACGAUGCGUCGCUCCUCAUUUACGCCCGUGUUCAAUUUGAGCACUCAAGAGCCGCUGAUUGUUGUCGAGGAGUCGCAUGCCGUUGAGGAUGGCGAUGAACUGGAGGGCGCUGCUGGGGGCUUUGAUCCGAGUGCCACCAAACGCACCAAUAGCGACGAUUCGGAGCCGGACUCACCAGUUAAUCCGUAUCUGUUGUGCCCCUUUCCCGAUAUGCAGCAGAGACGCAAGCAUUCGUUGCCCUCAUUGCAAAUAACCGAGGGCAUCACCGCUAGCCAGGUGCGACGCCUAUCCGAGGUGGGUGGCGAGACGGGCGGCAUCAGUCCUAAGGAGGUCGAAUUUUUGGCCACCCUCUCGCAGAAGUCAAAUCCGACCGCAGGCGGCCGUCGACACUCAGUGGUCACCAUAUCGGCUGUGCCGCCAACGCUCUUCGGACGCAAUCGGCGCGAGUCCAUUUCCGCCGUGUCGUUCAGCGGCAGUCGUCGUGGCAGCAUAAUCGGCGGACCGCCCCUAACCGAUCAUCGCGGCAGCAUACACAAUUUGCAGCUGGACAUCAUGGACGGGAUUGUGCAGCAGCGCAAGACGCGCAGUGGCAGCGGCGUCUGGACAGCACCUGUGCUCCAGGAGGCGGACAGCAAUGUGCCUGUUCAGACAUAAGCGCCAGCAUAGGACAAUGGAAGACAGUUGGGAGCACGUGCGCGAUAUAUGAAAAAAAAAAAAAACUGAAAAGAUUAUUAAUAUUUGUUUUCAUCGAGUCUUUACCCAUACUCGAACACUACCCACUGCAACCCCCGUCACCCCCUCAGUCGAGCGCUCAUUUAUUCCCGCUUUGUCAGUCAGCAUCUCUUUUUAUUUGAGAAAAGGAAAACAUUGCGACAACGCAUAGAAAAAUCAACAAACAAACGGCAAUUGUGAAAACGAAAAUAAAAAUGGAAACCGCGUCACGUAAAUGUGGAAAAUGAAACUGCGGACAGGUAGAGAAAUAGCUGGGCGAUAAGGAAAAUCCACAGAGAGGAAAA